UCAACUGUCUCUCUCUUACAUCCAGAAGACACUUUCUGCAACUUGUGUUUAAAUGUUAUUACUCAAAGUUCCCACCCAAUUUAAAAGAGUUUUUGAUUCCAUUUAGAUCAGCAUAUCAUUUACGUCACACUGAACAAUUAUUUUUUAAUGUUCCUAUUAUAAAAAAAGAAAUUGGCCGAAGAGCAUUUCACUUCAAAUCUUCAAAUGAAUGGAACAACUCACCCUCCUCAAUUCGAUCAAUUACAUCAAUCCACUAUUUUAAGGCUUCGGUCUUCAGACACUUACAAACAUCCUGCUCCUGUUUUUGAUAAAAAUACACUUUUGUUCUAUGUAUUUUCUGUUGCACAUAGAGUUGCCUUUUUUUUUUUUUUUUUUCCACUUAUUUACAAAUAUAAGUGUGGUGAUGAUCAAAUCAGAGAGAUGUAUGUAUACCUUAGGAUCCUGGACUGUAUAGUAUGAAUGCUGUCUGUGUGUUGUGUGAAUGUCGUCUUUGUCUGUCUUUUGUUCUGUUUUGAUUUGUUUUUCUUUCUCUUCUGGAAAUGCUGCUUUUGUUAAUGCAUUAGGACCCCCUCACAAAUGAGAUGCUACAUCUCAAGGGGCUUCCCUUAUAAAUAACAAAUAAAAAUAAAUCAAUCAAUCAAUCAAAUCAACUUUAUCGACAAAAUUCAAGUUAAAAGUUUUGAUUUAAACUUGAUCCUCAGUGUGUUUCCCGUCAAUGGGAUCUGAAAAAAACAACAAAAAACAGAAAACAUUGGUGUAUUUGUGUCGAAUGUGUCCAUGACAACAGCAAACAGACCCCAGCAGCAGAUCAAAUUUAACCUGAGAGAAGAAAGAGAAAGAGAGGGUGGAAAAUGAAAGGGGGAGAAAGAGAGAGACAGAGAGAGGAGGGGCGGUAAAAGAGGGAAAAAGGAGAGAAGAGAGAGAAAAAGAGAGCAGUAGGGUGACAAAGGGAGAGAGAGAGAGAGAGAGAGGGAGGAGACAACGAGAGAUAAAGAGAAAGAAAUGCGAAAAGAGAAAAUGAAUAAAAGAAGAGGGAGCGAGAUGGAGGGACACAGAGAGAGAGAAAGAUUACAGAAAGAUUGAAAGAGAAAUAAAAAGUUGUUCAGAGAGGGGAGGGGCAGAACAGGAAAGAGAGAGAGGGCUGGGCUGAUGGAGGGAUAGGAGAGAGUGAGAAAGAAGGGAGAGAGAGGAGAGGGAGGUAGAAAGAGAAUCAUAUUACUUACAGUGACACCUGAGCAGGCACAGUUGGGUCCAAGGCAUCAGUCCCAGAGCAAAGAUGCGUUCAUUGUUGACCACUCAAAGCCAGAAUUCCUACAGAGAACAGAUCCACAAAGAAACAAUGACGCGACUGAAGUGGAAACAGCGCUACAGCAGACUCUACCCCACCAACCAGACCAAAACCAGUCCAGGGUCUGAACCAGGUCUCAACAAGGACCCCACAGAGACCGAGCCAGGACCACUGCAGGGAGGGGCCAGUCUAGUGCUUCCUCCCAUCACCAUGACGACCGUGAGGCGGAGCAACACAUCCCUCUCCUCAGUCUCACUUCCUGCGACAUCACUUCCUGUUCCUGCGGAGAGGGCGCGGCCGUUCACAGUUCCUCCAGUGAUGAGACCCGCCUCCCCUCAGACCAGACAGUCCCUGUACCAGGACUCCUCCCACCAGGGCAGGGGGCGGAGCCAGUACCUGAGGAGGCGUGGCCAGAUGUUACCUGAGCAGAAGUUUGAUUUCCCACUGGUGUCAUCCUGGGAGUACGGCUGGAGACUGGGAGACUUCACUCUGGAUUACAAAACUCCCACUCAAGCUCGAUCGUCAGUCGUCAAAAGCACAUUUUACGCCCGAAAUGGAGUCUUCAACAGCCCCUCUCCCACAGACGCUCUGGGAUAAACAGCAGCUUGCUUUUAUACAAAAUAAAGACGUACACUUCCAAA